UUUGUCGAGAAAAUCAAAUUACACUUUAUUCGAAUUCGUUUCCCUGCGUUAAUUUUGUGAAAUGGAGCUGCCGAUUAGCAAGAUGCGGUACUAUCUGAAGGAUGAGGUGGUGUCGCACAACAAGAAGGACGACUGCUGGGUGAUCAUACACACGAAUGUCUUCGAUCUGACGCCCAUGCUAAGAGAUCGCCUGGAUCACUGGAAUCGCACCCUGGACUAUCUGAUAGCCCAUGCUGGCAAGGACCUCACCCAUUUCUUCCAUGAGAAUGGAGAGCCCCGCACAGAGAUCUCACCCAGCACUGGACGACCACGUGUCCUGUUUCCUCCCAUUUUGGAGGUGGCCAUCUCGGAGUUCUCUAAGACGCCAGGAGCCAUGUGGAGCCAGGAUCCCUUCUACCACAUCGGCAGGGUCACCAAGCGAGCACGGGUUAUUCGCAUUAUCAACACACUGACUGCCCAGACGCAAUUCAUGACUGUUUGCAACGAGGACAGCAUCUUCGACAUCCAGCAGAAGUACAAACAGCGAUACAAUCACCACGCCGGCAGCUACGAGUGGCGGAAGUUCUCGAAUGGGGGCAAGUCCUGCAGUGUGCUGGACCCGAAUGGCACCCUGGAUGAAAAUGGACUUACGGAUGAUGAGGACAGCACCGUGGAACUGCCGCCGCCUUCCAUUUGGCUCUACUACACGGACGACAUAACAAUUGCUUAAUUCUGUUUAUGUUCGAUGGUUAUUGGAAAUUUGAUGUGCUCUUUGGCUGCGAGUAAAGCUCAUUUCAAGCAAGA